UCUUGCUAUGAUCACUUGGUUGAGGUGAUGGUUGUUGUCCCUCGAAUAAGUGAUGACGUCUGUACUCGUCAUACCAGAUGAGUAGGCUAGAACAUCAACUACGGCAAUGACAUACUACAUAUCUGAUUGCUAUAUUCUGUUCAUACCUGCGACUCCUCAGCAAUUCGACUCGAGACACCUAUUCAACCACCGAGAUGCCGACCACAAAAUCCCCUGCCACAAAUCCAAACAUCACACCCGACCCAUCUCAGAAUGGUUCCACAGUCCGCAAAGCCUUCCUCUUAGAAGCCUUCGCAAACCUCUUCACCAUACCACUAAUAACAAACACAAGCUGGACGCUAUCCCUCCUUCUAAACAACCCCUCUCGCGAUAUCAACCCCACUUCGAUCCUUUUCGCCCGUCUUUUCGGCGGAUUGGUCGUAGGCGGUCUGACGUCCGCCUUGCUUGCGGGCGCGACCAACACGCGCAAUGGUAUCGAGAGUCGACGACCCACGUAUAUGCUCCUGGGGCUUGGAGAAGCGGUGUUGAUCCCCAUGAUAGUAUUGGAUUUGAUAGAAGGAGGAGGGCCAAAUGCAGCGCUAAGCAAGGGGGUUGCUGCGGCUAGUGUGGCGUGUUUGGUACCGCCGCUUUUCUGGAGAUUGUAUGUGCUUUUCGUUCGGCCAGAUUUGCUAGGAAAGUACACAGAAGAGGGGAAGACUAACGGUAGUGCAAGGAGCAGCGGUGGAUAUGGUGCUAUCAAUACGCGCGAAGACUGAGAAGAUGAGAGUGGUUGCGAGAGACUGCGCCAUGAAGGCCAACGUCCUGUUUCUGAAUGUGGUCUCGGGAGCCUCUGCGGAUUGUAGAAUACCUUUCAUGCUAUCACACUUUUCCAUGUCCUACAUGCAGAACAA